GCAGCAAUGGAAGAUCUAGAUGCCUGACAAACGAUUAGGAUAUGCAAAUAAGAAGACAAUUGAAGAUGUGAUGAAGGAAGAACUAGUGAUUGGAAUGAAAAAGAGUGACGUUGAGAAAAAACAGUGUGAACCGUGCGUAGAGGGAAAGAUGUGCAAGAAAACGCACCCGAGACUAGAAGGAAGAAAAACGAGAAAGAAAAUGGGUCUUUGGCAUAUAGACUUAAUUGGGCCGAUAAAACGGUUAUCACGUGGAGAACUACUGAAGGAAAAGGGAGACGCAGCAGAUCAAUUGAAGAAAUUGAUAUUACUGAAAGAAAAUCAAACUGGACAAAAAUUAAAAAUUAAAAAUUAAAAGCUUUGAGAUCGGAUAACG